AAAUUAAGGAUGACUUAGACUUUUUUAUGGCAACUUGGGAGGAAGGUAUACGAACCAUUGAAAAAGAAUCUGGAAGAUAUAAACGGUCACGCACUAAGUCAUGCGUUGAUCUUAUAAAAUUGCACAGUCCUUCGGAUGACCUAAAAAAG